UGUUUGGUUAACAAUCGAAGAAUUGUGACAACCUGCCAUGAUAAAUGUGACAAUGUUUAAUGUAGGCUAGAGUUGAAUGUUGCCUUCGUUUAUGUUGUUGUGUUAACUUACUUUUGCCAGGGAAAAUCCAAUGUGACACAGGAAAUCAUAUUUUGUGUGAGGAAAAAUUGUAAUUGGAAAAAAUGAAGUAACGUUCUGGUGAAAGCAGAUUAGCUUGUGAAUGUGGGACAUUCCCGCACUCCUCAGGGUUAUAGAGGAACAAACACGUGGUCAGUCGAGUAACGUUAGUCUCUCUCACUUCUUUAACUCAGACUGUGUGUGAGCUGUAGCGCAGUUCUAACGGGAUCGCUUCAGAAAGCACACCGAUCAUCAAACAGGAUUUUACAAUGCAGACACGAGCACUGGUUUAUAACGCAUCAUUACGGAUUAACGAAAGAAGACGACAAACGUUUAAAGUAACGCUGUGUCGCUUUUUUACGUGUUUUCUGUAUUUAUCAUGGGUCUCGCAAGUCGAGGGCACCUGCCAACUUCAGUUCAACCCCCCGAGAGUUGUUGUGGAGUAUGGCAGCUCUGUUUCAGUGAAUUGUAGCAUGGAUGCCACACCUGAUAAGAUUGGCUGGGAAUCCAAUGUAGGAUCAGUACACCUGAUCACAGACAAACUAGUCACCUGGAAAGUGUCCAACCUGAGCAAAUGGGAAAUACGACCACAGUGCUACAUGAAGUACAAUAGGACGACAGCAUGUGAAUCUUUUCUCCCAAUCACCAUUUACAAGACUCCAGAUAGUGUCUCCAUCAGCACAGUGAAUCACACAGGACCAAUGAUAGAGGGAUCACAGUAUAAGCUCCAGUGUAACAUAACGGAGGUGGCUCCUAGAAAUUUCACUGUGAAAUGGUUUAAAGGAGAGACAGAGGUGUAUAGUGAGACCUUCAGUGACACCAUCAAGACUCCAGUGACUAAAACAUCUACACUUCAGAUCACUGCAAACAGAUCUGAUGAUGGAGUUCAGUACAGAUGUGAAGCAGAGCUGGAACUGGGAGAAGAUGGACCUCAACCUCCUCCUAAAAUGACAUCAGAACCCUUCAACAUCACUGUAUACUUUAAACCAGCCAUCAAUGAGACCAAACUGCCCUCAACAGUGUCUGUGAUUCGAGGCUAUCCUGUGCGGCUUGUUUGUGAAGCAGACGGUAACCCAACACCAAACAUCAGCUGGAGCAAUGGCAGUGGCAGUAGAUUGAAAACAACAAAUGAAAGUCUUACUCUGGAUGAAGUUCCAGAUGGUGAUGCGGUUUACACAUGCACUGCAGUCAACAUUCUUGGCAAAGACACAAAAAAAGUAGAAGUGUUCAUAAAAGGUAUUUAUAUCAAACAAGUGAAUCACAGAGGACCAAUGAUAGAGGGGUCACAGUAUGAGCUCCAGUGUGAUAUUGUGAAUGUGGCUCAUGUUAAGAGUCUCACUGUGAAAUGGUUUAAAGGAGAGAAAGAGGUGCAUAAAAAUACCUUCAAUGACAUCAUCAAGUCUCCAGUAAAUAAAACAUCUACACUACAGAUUACGGCAAACAGAUCUGAUAAUGGAAGUCAGUACAGAUGUGAAGCAGAGAAGAAUGUUGAACCAGCAGCUCAAAAUGGUUCAACAUUGAAAUCCACAUCUUUCACCAUUGAAGUUUAUUAUGAACCAGUAAUCAAUGUGGACAAACUGCCCUCUCAAGUGCCUAUAUUUCGAGGCUAUCCUGUGGUGCUUUCUUGUGAAGCAGAUGGUUACCCAACACCAGAGAUCAGCUGGACAAUCAACCACAGUGUUUCAGUUAAAGGUGGAACUCUUAAUAUAACAGAGGCAGCAUCCCAGAACAUUGUCUGCAUUGCAAACAAUUCUGUUAGCAGUGAUAGCAGAGAAGUAAAAGUGGUCCUAACAGGUCCUCAAGAUAUUUAUAUCAAACCAGUGAAUCACACAGGACCAAUGAUAAAUGGCUCAGAGUAUGAGCUCCAGUGUAACAUUGUGAAUGUGGCUCCUGUUAAGAUUCUCACUGUGAAAUGGUUUAAAGGAGAGAAAGAGGUGCAUAAUAAGAUCUUCAAGACACCAUCAGUAAAUGAAACAUCUAUACUAAAGAUCACUGCAAACAGAUCUGAAAUUGGAAUUCAGUACAUAUGUGAAGCAGAGAUGACCGCUGAACCAGCAGCUCAAAAUAUUUCACGAUUGAUAUCAAACUUUACAGUUCAGUUUAAACCAGUCAUCAAUGAGACCAAACUGCCCUCUGAAGUGCCUGUGUUUCGAGGCUAUCCUGUGAUGCUCACUUGUGAAGCAAAUGGUUACCCAACACCAGACAUCACCUGGAAAACCAACGCCAACAAUAUAAUUAAUGGUGAAAAUCUUACAAUAACAGAAGCAAUAUCUCAGAACCCUGUCUGCAUUGCAAACAAUUCUUUUGGCACAGUCCGCAGAGAAGUAAACGUGGUCCUAACAGAGGACUACCUGCCUUUGAUCGCAGGCCUUGUUGCUAUCACAGUGGCAGUCAUAUCAGUUAUCUUCAUCUUCAUCUACUCCAUCUACUACAAGACAGCCAAGAUGGGCCAUUAUACCUUGAAGGACACCAAACCUUGCACACAAAAUGGAAAGAUAGCACUUAAUGGAUGUCAUAACCGCUCACAGACGCCACCUUAUGAGCGCAUACUUCAAUCUUCUGCCAGAUCCAGUGAAACCUUCAGUCUCUUAGUAGGAUGUCCUAGUUGUAGAUGGGUGUGGUUUUUAUUCCGCGUGAGGAAUAAUAAUCUUGAGGAGACGACAUAUGAAUUUAUUUUCGCGGCGACUAGGUGCUUCCAUUUGCCUGACUUUGACUUGAACACAUACAAUAUGCUUAAUAGUUUGUUUGGACUUGUUUAUCUGUCAGCAGUCUCGCUGUUAGUAAGUCUUACAGGUACACAAGCUGAAUGUCCUGUAAAACUCAACCCACCGAGAGUUUUUGUGAGGUACGACAGCUCUGUUUCAGUGAAUUGUAGCAUGAAUUUCACAGCUGAUAAGAUUGGCUGGGAAGCCCAAGUAGGAUCAGUAUCCCUGGAAAAAGCCAAACUGAUCACCUGGAAAGUGCCCAACUUGAGACAAUGGGACAUACGGCCACAGUGCUACAUAAACUACAAUAGGACUCAAUGUUCAGCUUUUCUCCCAAUCACUAUUUACAAGACUCCAGAUAGUGUCUCCAUCAGCACAGUCGAACCACUAAUGAAGGAGUACUAUGAUUAUGAGUUCCAUUGUGACAUUGUGAAUGUGGCUCCAAAAAAAUUCACUGUGAAAUGGUUUAAAGGAAAGACAGAAGUGAAAACUGAGACCUUCAAUGACACCAUCAAGACUCCAGUGAAUGUCACAUCUAAACAUCAGUUCACUGCAUACAGAGAAGAUGAUGGAGCUCGGUACAGAUGUGAAGCAGAACUGGAACUGGGAGCAGAUGGACCUCAACCUCCUCCUAAAGUGACAUCAAAAACUUAUCAGAUUACAGUACGGUAUCGACCAAAACACGAGGUGAUCAUUGAACUCAUCAGUACUAAUCAUGGAGACGUCACUCUAAACUGUACAGUAGCAGCAAAUCCACCUGCUAUUUACUCCUGGUACUCAGAGCACUGGACAACUUCAAAAAAUUCAUCAGUGCUCACAUUCACUACAUUGACUCCAGGCAACUACACAUGCAAUGCUACAAACCCUCUAGGACAAUCCACUAAAAUGUUCAUCAUCACAGGUGAUCGCACUACAUUUUGGGCUAUUCUUAGUUGUGGCCUGGUGGUUCUUUUGUUAUUGAUUCAUUUGUUUGUGCUAAAGUUUAAAAGUUUUUCUUUUAAAAUUUACAUUUUCUGUAAACAGGAUUUUACAAUGCAGACACGAGCACUGGUUUAUACCGCAUCAUUCCGGAUUAAAGAAAGAAGACAACAAACGUUUAAAAUAACGUUGUGUCACUUUUUUAUCAGUUUUCUGUAUCUCUCAUGGGUCUUACAAGUCGAGGGUGGUGACUGUCCUCUUCAGAUCAACCCACCGAGUGUUGUUGUGGAGUACGGCAGCUCUGUUUCAGUGAAUUGUAGCACUGAUGUCACACAUGAUGGGAUUGGCUGGGAAGCCCCUGUAGGACCAGUACCCUUGACCAAAGACAAACUGAUCACCUGGAGAGUGUCUAACCUGAGACAAUGGGACAUACAGUCACAGUGCUACAUAAACUACAAUAGGACUCAAUGUUUAACUUUUCUCCCAAUCAUUAUUUACAAGACUCCAGAUAGUGUCUCCAUCAACACAGUGAAUCACACAGGACCAAUGACUGAGCGAUCACAAUAUGAGCUCCAGUGUGAUAUUGUGAAUGUGGCUCCUAGGAAUCUCACUGUGAAAUGGUUUAGAGGAGAGACAGAGGUGUAUAGUGAGACCUUCAGUGACACCAUGAAGACUCCAGUGAAUAAAACAUCUAAACUUCAGAUCACUACAGUCAGAGAUGAUGAUGGAGCUCAGUACAGAUGUGAAGCAGAGCUGGAACUAGGAGCAGAUGGACCUCAACCUCCUCCUAAAGUGACAUCAGAACCCUUAAACAUCACUGUAUACUAUCGUCCAAAACACGAGGUGACCAAUGAACUCAUCAGUACAAAUGAUGGAGACGUCACUCUGAACUGUAUAGUAGCGGCGAAUCCACCUGCUAUUUACUCCUGGUACUCAGAGCAUUGGACAGAGACAAGAAAUUCACCAGUGCUCUCAUUCUCUACACUGACUCCAGGAAACUACAUGUGCACUGCUAUAAACACUCUAGGAAAGUCCAGCAAAGUGUUCAUCAUUACAGGUGGCCUCACUACAUUCUGGGCUAUUCUUAUACUUGUCCUGAUGAUACUUGUAAUAUGGUUUACAUCUUGUGCAGUAUACAGGAUGUGUAACUUAACCCAGAAUUCUACUUGGUGACCUGAAACUGUAAUCUUCUGAUCAGGGAGUACACAUCAACACUAAAUUACUUUAAAAAAUGUCAUGUACUAGGACUUGGUUGUGUUUUAAAGAAUUUCUUUAGACUUGAAAACACUGUAUGACAUUUGAUACUCAGUGUUACAUUCCUGUACAUCCAAAGGAUUUUUCUAGUCUGCAGUGUUUAUUCGACUACCUGAAAGAUGUUAAACGUUAGAUGUCAACCAGCUUCCUUCAGUUAAAUGAAACAAAAACUGAAGUUGUAAUUUUUGGCCCCGGUGCUUCCACAGAGGUUGUUGCCAAUAAUCUUGGACCUCUAUCUGGUACUUUACACACCUGUAUAUGUUAAACUUGAGUGUUACUUUUGAUUCUGCUUUGACUUUUGAUAAACAGAUUAAUUCUGUGGUCAGGUCUGGUUUUAGUAGUUAAAGAAUAUAACUAAAAUAAAGUAU